AUGCUCCUCGCGCUGACUCUCGUCUCGUCACGGGGCCUCACAUCGCCGACCGCUCCCGUUUUCGCAUCUCCGCUCCGCUGUGCUGGGGUGCGCUGCAGUGAUCCCGAGCGGAAAGCGGUGUUCUCAGAGGAGCGUUCCGAGAGUGUCAAGGCUGGCGGUAUCGCCUCGCUGACGGGCACGAUGGCCUCCGCGCCUGUGAAGGCGUCGGCGGUGCUCGCGACGUUGCCCGUGAAGGCGACGGCGCUCGCCAGCUGGCAAAUAAGCACGUGCGUCUUUGCGGUGCAGCUCUUUCUGUUUGGCAUCGUCUACCGGUGCACGGUGCGAUGCGACGACAACGACGCGCUCCGGCAGGGCGCGGUCGGCGCGGCGGCGCUGUGCCGUGCUCUCGGCCUCAUGCAGACGAACAACGCAUGGACGGGCGACAUGUGGCUUCAGCUAGGACUCUCGUUUGGCGAAUCGGCGCUCGCAUUCGGUGCCCCCCCCCCCCCCCCUCUCCCCCGCCCCGCCGCCGCUGCGUUGCCGCCGCCGCGCUUCUACCGCGACGAAACGCCGCCCUUCGACUACCGAGACGGCUACCGGGACGGGUACGACGGCCCUCCUCCCUAUGAGUACCCUGAGGACCUCGAGGACCCCGUCGUACGAUGA